AUGGCGUUGAAUUGGGUAAUGAUUUCGUCCGAUGGAAAAAAUCCAGUUCCUCUUCCUAGCGAAAAAAUAUUAUUCAGUCAAGAAAAAGUGUCCUUGCUGCUGGAUUUAGGCGGCGGAUAUCCCGGAAAUCCUUCAAAUUAUAAAGCUGAUGGAAAUAUUUUUAUCACAAAUCAGCGUGUUUUAUUUAUUUCUCGCCCACCUCUGCAUAACUUUCAAUCUUUAAGCGUGCCUAUUUUGAAUUUGAAAGACGGGAAACUUCAACAACCUUGGUUUGGGGCUAAUUACUAUGAAGCAUACUUAAUGCCAGUACAGAAUGGUGGACUACCAUCUCCUGGACAACUGAAAAUUACCUUUAAAGAAGGAGGUGGAUAUGAUUUCAGUUCAUGUUUCACCGAAUUGAUACAGAGACUUUCGGAGAGUGAAAGUUACGUUCUUGUUGAACAUACUGAACAAUUACCAACUUAUACACCGCGUGAAGAUUCCACAUCGACAGCCACACAAGCGUUAGGAACGGCGGCAUCUUCCGGUGUCAUGCCACCAACAGGACCUCUCACCAAUGCAACAUCCCCAUCUCAUUCCACUUUAGUCAAUUCUGCAGCACCUCCCCCGAUAGCUCCGGGUGAGCUACCACCCAGUUAUGAUGAAGUAACAAGUUGA